AUGUUUAAACGGUUAGUGACUCUCGCUGACACUGCCCAAACUGUUUCCUGGAAACAAAAUCAAUUCCUGAUAAUCAGAAAUUUGGGCACACACGCACUCGUUAGGCACAACAUUCCUCGCCAACAAUCGACACGAAAUUCUACAAAUAAAUUGCCAUCUCCCCCAACUUUUCACACAAGUUCCUUUUUUUCGAUUAAACAACUCCAACAAAGGUCCCAUUAUUGUUCAAUGUGCCGCCAUACUGAUUCCGCAGGUAAUUCUGCUUCAAUUGUCCCUGCAGACCGUGAAGUCUUGCCAACCAACGUUAAACCAUUACAUUAUGAUGUUACUAUGGAACCAAUUUUUGAAACUUUCAAGUUCAAUGGUGAAGAAACCAUUGAAUUCCAAGUUAACGAAAGAACAGAUUUCAUUACUUUAAACACUUUGGAAAUUGAAAUUCAUGAAGCUAAAAUUGAAGAUAUUGAAAUUAAGAAUAUUACUUUUGAUACUGACAAGCAAACCGUUACUUUCAAAUUUGAUGACCACUUGCAAGCUGGUAAAACUGCUAGAUUAUACCUUAAGUUCACUGGUGAAUUGAAUGACAAGAUGGCUGGUUUUUACAGAGCUGCUUACCAAGAAGAUGGUAAGACCAAAUAUUUGGCCACCACCCAGAUGGAACCAACUGAUUGUCGUAGAGCUUUCCCAUGUUAUGAUGAACCAGCUGCUAAAGCCAAAUUUUCCAUUUCCUUGAUUGCCCACAAAGAUUUGGUCUGUCUUUCUAACCAACCAGAAAAGGAAACUACUUUACUCGGUGAUGACAAGAAAAAGGUUUCUUUCACUGUUACUCCAUUGAUGUCCACCUACCUUGUGGCUUUUAUUGUUGGUGACUUGAGAUACAUUACCAAUGACGACUACAGAGUUCCAAUUAGAGUUUAUGCCGUCCCAGGAUCUGAACACUUGGGUAAAUACUCUGCUGAUAUUGCUGCUAAGACCUUGAAAUUCUUUGACAGUAAAUUUGACAUUCCAUACCCAUAUGACAAAUUGGAUAUGGCUGCCAUUCCAGAAUUUAGUGCCGGUGCUAUGGAAAACUCUGGUCUUGUUACUUUCCGUUCUGUUGAUUUGUUGAUUGACGAAAACAACACCAAUGUUAACACCAAACAAAGAGUCACUGAAGUCGUUAUGCACGAAUUGGCCCAUCAAUGGUUUGGUGAUUUGGUUACUAUGGACUUCUGGGAUGGUUUGUGGUUGAACGAAGGUUUUGCUACCUGGAUGAGUUGGUACGCUUGUGAUGCCUUGUUCCCAGACUGGAAAGUUUGGGAAUCCUAUGUUUCUGAUUCUUUGCAACAUGCUUUGUCCUUGGAUGCCUUGAGAUCCUCCCACCCAAUUGAAGUUCCAGUCAAGAGAGCUGAUGAAAUUAACCAAAUUUUUGAUGCCAUUUCUUACUCCAAGGGUUCUUCCUUGUUGAAGAUGAUCUCCAACUGGUUGGGUGAAGACGUUUUCAUUAAAGGUGUCUCUAACUACUUGAAGAAACAUAAAUGGGGUAACACUCAAACCUCUGACUUGUGGGAAGCUUUGGGUGAAGCUUCUGGAAAGGAUGUUGUCAAGGUCAUGGAUAUCUGGACCAAGAACACUGGUUUCCCAAUUGUUAAAGUUGAAGAAACUGGUAACGGUGAAAUUAAGGUUACUCAGAACCGUUUCUUGGCUACUGGUGAUGUUAAGGAAGAAGAAGACAAGACUUUAUACCCAGUUUUCUUGGGAUUGAAGACCAGUGAAGGUGUUGACGAAUCCUUGGUUUUGGACACCAGAUCCAAGACUUUCAAAGUUGCAACUUCUGAUGAUUUCUUCAAGAUUAAUGCCAACCAAACUGGUAUUUACAGAACUGCAUAUGAACCAUCUCGUUGGAACAAACUUGGAGAAGCUGGUGUUCAAGGUAAGCUUACUGUUGAAGACCGUGUUGGUCUAGUUGCUGAUGCUGGUUCUUUGGCCUCCACUGGUUUCAUUGAAACCUCCAGUUUGUUGGACUUGGUCAAAUCCUGGUCCAAGGAAUCCAAUUAUGUUGUUUGGAAUGAAAUCUUGACCAGAAUUGGUGCCAUUAAAGCUGCUCUUUUGUUUGAAGAUGAAGCUACUCAAGAUGCUUUGAAAUUCUUCACUAGAGAUUUAAUCAGUGCCAAAUUGAAUGAAAUCGGUUGGGAAUUCACUGGUAAAGAAUCCUUUGCUGAACAACAAUUGAAAUCAUCCUUGUUUGCCUCUGCCGUUAACGCUGAUGAACCAAAAGCUGUUGAAUAUGCUAAAGAAGCCUUUGCUAAAUUUGUUGCUGGUGAUAAACAAGCUGUUAAUCCAAACUUGAGAGGUUCUAUCUUUAACACUGUUGCCAAAUCUGGUGAUGAAAAGACCUUUGACCAAUUGUUUGAAAUUUACUCCAACCCACUGGCUAUCGAAGAAAAGAUUGCUGCUUUGAGAGCUUUUGGUAGAUUCUCUAAACCAGAAAUCUUGGACAAGGUCACCGGUUUGUUGUUGAACACUGAAAUUGUCAAACAACAAGAUGUCUAUAUUCCAAUUCAAGGUUUACGUGCCACUAAAUUGGGUGUUGAAAAAACUUGGGCUUGGUUGUCUGGUAACUGGGAUAAAGUCUAUGAACUUUUCCCACCAGGUUUGUCAAUGUUAGGUUCCAUCGUCACUUUGUCAACUUCUGGUUUCACCAAAGCUGAACAAAGAAAAGAAGUUGAAGAAUUCUUUGCUUCUAAAAACACCAAAGGUUUCGACCAAAGUUUGGCUCAAUCCUUGGAUAUGAUCACCACUAAAAUUAAAUGGGCUGACCGUGACUCUAAAGCUAUUUACAAAUGGCUCGAAGCUAACGGUUACACAAAGUAA